UCAUGAAAAAUCAGAUCGUGUGCAAAGAAAACAAAACCAUAGACUAUAAUGGCGAUGUCUUGUGUGAAGUAGGCUUUUACAAGCUUCACGAAAACAACGGAUAGUGUGUAUGGAUGUGCGUUAGGUUGAUUGCGCCGCAAAUUAUAUUCCCAGUGUGGCAGAAGGUGAGGAAUGAAUGUGACAAAAUCAGUCCAAGUUUACAAACAGCAUAAGUAAGGAGAACAAGGUUUAAAUUAGUUUUACAAAUAAUCAAGAAUGGCAACAUUAGAGCAACAAGCUUCAAAACUGUUGGACUUCAACCAGAAGUUGGACAUCACGCUCCUGGACAGCGUGGUGGGUUGCCUGUACUCCGCAGUCGGUGAGCAGCAGCGCGCCGCGCAGGACGUGCUCACGGCGCUCAAGGAGCACCCCGACGCCUGGACCCGCGUCGACACCAUCCUCGAGUUCUCACAGAACCAGGAGACCAAGUAUUACGCACUACAAAUACUGGAACAGGUUAUUCAAACACGAUGGAAAGUCCUACCCAGAAAUCAGUGCGAAGGUAUAAAGAAAUACAUAGUUGGCCUCAUCAUCAAGAACUCGUCCGACCCCGCCACCAUGGAGAGCAAUAAGGUCUACCUGAAGAAGCUCAACAUGAUCCUCAUCCAAGUUCUAAAACGAGAGUGGCCUCACAACUGGGAGACGUUCAUCAGUGAUAUAGUGGGAGCAUCAAAAACAAAUGAGAGCUUAUGUCAAAACAAUAUGGUAAUCCUGAAACUGUUGAGUGAGGAAGUAUUUGUUUUCAGCACGGGACAGUUGACACAAACUAAAGCCAAACACCUUAAAGACACAAUGUGUUCUGAAUUCAGUCAAAUAUUUCAGCUUUGUCAAUUUGUUUUAGAAAACUCACAGAAUGCCCCGCUGGUGGACGCCACUCUUCACACCCUGCUCAGAUUUCUGAACUGGAUCCCUCUCGGCUACAUUUUUGAAAUGAAGCUAAUAAGUACACUGAUUUUCAAGUUUUUGAAUGUGCCUAUGUUCCGCAAUGUCACUUUAAGUUGUUUGACGGAGAUAGCAGGUGUGACGGUGAGCAAUUACGAGGAGCAGUUUGUGACCCUGUUUGUGCAGACGAUGGAGCAGCUGGAGGCCAUUCUGCCACUGUCCACCACCAUCCGGGAGGCGUACGCGCUCGGCCGCGACCAGGAGCAAGUCUUCAUACAAAACCUUGCCUUAUUUUUGUGCACAUAUCUGAAGGAACACGGGCAACUCAUAGAGAGAAGAGGUCUGACCAACUCUCUCAUGAAUGCACUUCGCUACCUUGUGCUAAUAUCAGAGGUUGAAGAAGUUGAAGUGUUUAAAAUUUGUUUGGAAUUCUGGAAUGCCCUUGCUGCAGACCUGUACAAAAUAGCCCCAUGUUCACACUCUGCCAGCAUAGUGUUGGGGAAGGCCAUGGGUCGAAAAGUUUUGUAUGCAGAAGUCCUCAGUAGUGUGCGCUACAUCAUGAUAUCCCGGAUGGCAAAGCCAGAAGAGGUGUUAGUUGUAGAGAAUGAAAAUGGAGAGGUGGUAAGAGAGUUUAUGAAAGAUACUGAUUCCAUUAAUUUGUACAAAAACAUGCGUGAGACCCUUGUUUACUUAACGCAUUUAGAUUACCAAGACACAGAACGCAUCAUGACAGAGAAGCUACAGAACCAGGUGAAUGGCACGGAAUGGUCAUGGAAAAACCUGAAUACACUAUGCUGGGCCAUCGGUUCAAUUUCGGGGGCCAUGCUGGAGGAGGACGAGAAGCGCUUCCUCGUGGUGGUGAUCAAGGAGCUGCUGGGCCUGUGCGAGCAGAAGAAGGGCAAGGACAACAAGGCCAUCAUCGCCAGCAACAUCAUGUACGUGGUGGGGCAGUACCCGCGCUUCCUGCGCGCGCACUGGAAGUUCCUCAAGACCGUCGUCAACAAGCUGUUCGAGUUCAUGCACGAGACGCACGACGGCGUGCAGGACAUGGCGUGCGACACCUUCAUCAAGAUCGCGCUCAAGUGCCGGCGCCACUUCGUCACCACGCAGGUGGGCGAGGCGUGCCCCUUCAUCGAGGAGAUCCUCAGCACCAUCAGCUCCAUCAUCUGCGACCUGCAGACGCUGCAGGUGCACACGUUCUACGAGGCCGUCGGCUACAUGAUCUCGGCGCAGGUGGACCAGGUGGCGCAGGAGCAGCUCAUCGAGAAGUACAUGCUGCUGCCCAACCAGGUGUGGGACGAUAUCAUCUCGCAGGCCUCGCACAACGUGGACAUCCUCAAGGACCCCGAGGCCGUGAAGCAGCUCGUGAGCAUCCUCAAGACCAACGUGCGCGCGUGCCGGGCGCUCGGCCACCCCUACGUGGUGCAGCUCGGCCGCAUCUACCUCGACAUGCUCAACGUGUACAAGGUGAUGUCGGAGAACAUCAGCCAGGCCAUCGGGCUCAACGGCGUGGCGGUCACCAAGCAGCCGCUCAUCAAGAACAUGCGCAUCAUCAAGAAGGAGACGCUGAAGCUGAUCGCGGGCUGGGUGUCGCGCUCCACGGACACCAACAUGGUGCUGGAGAACUUCAUCCCGCCGCUGCUGGACGCCGUGUUGCUGGACUACCAGCGCACGGCCGUGGCGGACGCGCGCGAGCCCGAGGUCCUGGCCUGCAUGGCCGCCAUCGUCUACAAGCUCGGCGCGCACAUCACCUCCGAGGUGCCCAAGAUCUUCGACGCCGUGUUCGAGUGCACGCUCGAGAUGAUCAACAAGGACUUCGAGGAGUACCCCGAGCACCGGACCGAGUUCUUCCUUCUCCUGCAGGCGGUCAACUCCAACUGCUUCAAGGCGUUCCUGUCGAUCCCGCCCGCGCAGUUCAAGCUGGUGCUGGACAGCAUCAUCUGGGCGUUCAAGCACACGAUGCGCAACGUGGCCGACACGGGGCUGCAGAUCUUGUACCGGCUGUUGCAGAACGUGGAGUUGCACCCUCAGGCUGCGCAGAGUUUCUACCACACGUACCUGUGCGACAUUCUGGAGCACGUGUUCUCGGUGGUGACGGACACGUCGCACGGCGCGGGGCUCACCAUGCACGCCACCAUCUUAGCCUACGUGUUUUCGCUGGUGGAGGCGGGCCGCGUCACCGUGCCGCUCGGGCCCACGCCUGACAACAUACUCUAUAUACAGGAGUACGUGGCGAAUCUCCUCAAGACUGCGUUCCCGCACCUCACGGACAACCAGAUCAAGAUCACGGUGCAGGGGCUGUUCAACCUCAACCAGGACAUCCCCGGCUUCAAGGACCACCUCAGAGACUUCUUAGUGCAAAUUAGGGAGUACACGGGCGAAGACGACAGCGACCUGUACCUAGAAGAGCGGCUGUUCGCGCUUCGACAGGCACAGGAGGAGAAGCGGCGAGUGCAGCUGUCAGUGCCCGGCAUCCUCAACCCGCACGAGCUGCCCGAGGACAUGCAGGACUGAGCCCCGCUGACCCGCGCCACCCUCGUUAGCACGCACCGGUUCAUUGUCAACACUUUCAUCACUUGCUGAUUUUGUACUCUGUGGUUGGUGGGAGAUUCUACUCUGUGUAGAGUUUCCCGCCAAACCGUAGGAAAUGACAGUUGUGUCGAGCGACGUUCAAAAUGGCCGCUCGAUGUGGUUGUUGUUUUUGCAGAAUCAGCAAGUUGGGAAAGUUCAAGGUUCUAAUUUAUUUUGCAAAUUUUUAUACUUAAAUUACUUAAUCACAAUCCAGCGUUUAGUUUUGUAAUAUUUUUCGAUUUACUACUCCCCUAUUGGGAUUUAAAUGUUUUUGCUUUGGUAAAUAUUUCGCUUCUUAUUAUAAUAGUGUUAUCGAACCGUGUGCGGUGUAACAAUAACGUUGUUUGCGAGGUGUCGCGUCGGCCGCCUGCGUGUUGUGCUCGCGGAGUAUCUUUGUUAUGUUAGUUUUUAUUGUACAGAGGACCGCAUGGAUCUGUGGAAGGUGAUGAAUGCCAGUUGUGCUCUCGCAAGUGAUUUUGUAAGGUGGAUCCUCGAGCACAGCACGCAGUGACGUCACGAGUGUCGGGCGUCGAGUAGUCGCUAGUGUGGAUAGAUUUCUAUGUUUCUAAGUAAGAGUAGUCUUCAUACACGAACCUCUGUGAUGCUCCCAGUGUCUCUUCGUCAGAGUAUUACUUACGUUUGAGUUAGCUGUAGGCUCCGUAAAGAUGGUGGAAUGCUGUUAGUAACAUAUUAUUUUUGUUUAAUGUUGUCAGAACUAAUCUCACGAUGGUUUGGGAAUCUAGACAUAGACUUGUGCAGGUCGUCCUAUUAUGUUUGGGUUCGAUGAGCUGUCAAUUCAACUUUGUGUUUGAAAUAAACCAUAAAAUAUUGCAAAA